CAUUUGAAACAUAUGUAUUUGAUUGUUUUUCACAAUAGUGUGUAAUAUAAAGCAUAUCCAAAAUGAAAGCGCGAGAUCCUAGAGCCCCAGAAGGAGGAACUGUGGAGUUUCAUGGUGUACGCUUUUACAAAAUCAAACCGAAAGCCAUAACUUGUCUAGCGUACAACAAGCUCCAAAAAUUGUUGGCUUUAAGUCGCGAGGAUGGCAGGAUUGAGAUAUGGGAUUUGCGCUAUGCAGCGUACCUUGAACGUGUCAUACCGCAGACAGGAAGGAUCAAGGGUUUAGCAUGGGCGGGCAAGAACCGAUUGUUCUCAGCUAGUCUUGCCGGCGCCCUUGUUGAGUGGAACCUGAACACGCUGCUGCCCCGAUAUGAGUUAACGCCUACGGGAAACGCGCUCUGGUGCUUGGAUGUGAAUUCGCAGGAGACGGAGCUCGCAAUUGGUUCUGACGGCGGACAUAUCAACAUAUUUGGCAUUGAGCAUGACGAGAUUACUUAUAAGACGAUGUUCCAAAAGCUAAAACGACGCAUCGUCUGCUGCAGAUUCGACAAGAGUGGCAAGCAUCUGGUCACGGGCUCACGGGGCUACCUGCGCAUCUGGAAUGUUAGCAAAGGAACUAUGCUGCAUAUCAUGACGAUGAGGGACCGCAAUGUGUCCGUGCGCUCCCUGGUAGUGCUCAGUGACUUCACAAUUAUAACCGGUGACUCUGCUGGCUAUGUGACUGUGUGGAAUGGCGCCAAUGGGACACAGGUGGAGUCCAACAAGAUCCUAGCCCGUGAUGUUGACGCGCUGGCCGUAAAUGAAGAGGAGGAUCGCUUGUUCUGCAGCGGCAAUAACCCGCCAAUAAUACGUAUUCUAAGCAAAACGCAAAUUAAACGCGAGGAAUCUCAAUACGAGCGUUGGAUAAAGAACCUGCAGCGCGAUGUGCACAAGCAUCCUGUUAAGGCUCUGGCGCUGAUAGACGACUGCGUCAUUUCGGGCGGUCAGGACGGCAUCCUAUGCAUUUCUUCGGGCACCAGGACCAGCGCCAUGGUUGCCAAAUAUGUGCCUUUCUUGCACGGGAGCACCGCAGCGUUAGCACCAAACCCUAAAUGGCUGCUUCUACGAUACCAGUAUUCGUUGAGUUUGUGGCAAUUGGGAGCUUCAAAAAAUGUUGAUGCAGAAGGCAUUGGUGAGGGCCCUGUGGGCUCAAGUGUGCAGCUUCCCCUAUGGCGGUCACCACGCCAAUUGUUGCAACUCAACACUGACCCGAAUAAUAUGCUGAUCGCGUCUGCUAUAUCUGCCGACGGCACCUGGCUCUGCUACUCAACGACCCGGAACAUACGCCUGAGUUGCCUCCAGAUGCCUGCUACCAAAAAGGAGUCAAUAAUAAUAAAACGCAUAACGGAAGAGUUACCUGCAGAAUUUCAACCCGCUACACACAUCCAGUUUACAAAAGAUAGCGAUGGCUUGCUAAUAUUGCAUGCGGCAACAAGACAACUGCGUGCCUUCAGUCUGGCACAGGAGCGUGUAAAGUUCACCUACAGCAUUGAUCUCAGUGCUGUGAUCAACGCGCCCAUAACCCACGUAGAGAUUUCACAAUGUACAAGUUAUGUGGUCGUAGCAAGUGUAGAUCAAACGAUCGCAGUAUGGCAUGUAAGCAAAGGGAAACGGCACGAGCAUUUGCUCAAUUUGCCACGCUACAAGGCAGCCACGACGGCCCUGGCCUUACAUGAGGAACAUCCAUUGCUGGUGAUCGCCUAUGCGGAUGGACGCAUUGUGGAGUACGAUUUAACGGAGCGCCGUUUCACCUGUGAAACGGAUCAGCACUUUGUUGAGAACUCUUCAACACAUUGCAUUCGAGGCGUAGUGCUGGAUGCCCAGAACCCAAACAUUUUCAUUGUCUACAACGAAGUCUUUAUGUAUGUUCUGGAAAAGGUGAGCAUAGCAAGAGAUGAGACAGUGCUAGAGGAGCCGAGACAAAAAGCGAAACGUCUUAGCCGUUCCUUCGAUGAGCCAAAACUGACUAGUCUUCGUAUAAAGCUACAGAUGUAUCGCGAGCAUCUAACGCACGUAUGUCGUUUGGGACCCAAAGAGAUCGUUACCAUUGGAUUAGAGACAAAAACUCUCUUGGCCAGCUUACCACCGCCAGUCGAGAGAAAAAAAUUCGGUGCCGCUUAAAAACGAUUUCAAAUUUUAGUUCUAGUAAGUCUGUGAAACACUUCUUUGUUUACACUUCAAUUACUGUCAUUAAUUUAAUAGAAAUAAUAAAAAAAUAAUACUUAAAUUUUGAUAUUGAUCUUAAA